AACUCACCUCUAACUUAUUAGCACCUUACACAUCAAAUCAAAGAUGCACCUUCCAAGGACAUUGUGUUUCUUCAUAACGCUGUUUUCACUGACCCAGGUAAAAGAAGCUAUUGCAGACUGUAACAUAACAUCGACAUCAUCACCCACUGCGUCGUCUCUCUACGUAAAAUGGAGCACUUUUCCAGGAGCAACAAACUACAAUCUGGAGCUCAGACCUGUGAAUUCAUCAAUCGUAGCACCCAUUUCUGUCCCACCACUCGCUUCGACCACAGUGGAGAAACUGGUCCAAGGCUUAAGACCAGGACAAAUUUAUCAAGUGAUUUUUAAAGUGUACGUGUUCAGUUACAUGACAUGCAUCAAUUCACAGAUAGCACAGACAAUUCCUGCCACCUCGCAAAUCACAUAUUUAAAAGCAAUAUCAAGCACCUCAAUCAAAUUCGAGUGGUCCAGUGCGCAAGGAGCUGAUAAGUAUAUUUUGAUUGUGGAGGGAACCUUCACCAAUGAGUUUUAUAACCUCACAUUUACCAAGUUAAGUGGACAGAUAGGCAACCUCCAGCGAUCCACUUCAUACAACUGUUAUGUUUACUCUGCUAAUGCUGCAGGCAUUGGAGCCAAGAGUCUUGUUAAAACCAUAAGAACAUUGGUGCAGCCACCAGAUGGCGUGAAUGUGACUGGAUUAACCCGAACCACGGCUCGAGUAACAUGGCAAGCCGUCUCUGGAGUCCUGCUCUACCAGGUGUCAGUGUCCUCCAAUAAUAUGCCAGUUCCUGCUUUAAAGAAUGUCACCAGUACUGCUGCGGACAUCUCAAACUUGGAGCCAUGUACAACAUACACUAUUGGGGUUUCAUCCUACAACAUGUUCCUGGAAGCAGGGGAGGCCAACAAUGUCACCUACACAACUAUCACCAUUUCAACAGUUUCCUCCAUCUCUGUGGAUUACAGCUGCAACACAGCUACAGCUUCGGUUAGCUGGAAUGCUGUUACUGGCGCCACGCUGUACCGUGCUAUCAUUACAGAUAGUAAAGGGCAGUCACUUAACUGCACGUCAACAGACACAAACUGCCAGAUUGUGUCAGUGCCUUGUGGAGAACUAUACAGCGUAUGGAUUAAAGCCAUAGCUAGCUGUGAAAGCACCUCAGAUGGCAGCUACGUCUUCGAGACAGCACCCUGCCCACCCAAAUCACCAACGUUGUACCGUGAGUGCUCUACUAAUGCCAUUGUGUUCUCAUGGAAUCCCACCAACAAGACGGCUUAUUACCUCGCAACGGCUGUGGACUCGGACGGCCAGGUAACCGAGUGCCUCACUGUGGACACAUCUUGCUACUUCACCGACACUGUUUGUGCUAAAGGCUACAGUUUCUACGUCAGCUCCACCUACAUCGGAGGACUGGAUUGCAACAGUGGAAACUCGCAAGCUAAGAUGAUCAGAACAGCUCCAUGCCUGCCUCAGAAUGUCCAUACAACUGCAGACUGUAAUAGCAUCAGCACUGCUGUCACUUCUUGGGACAUGGCUGACGGAGCCGAGACCUACAUGGUGGAGGCCCGUGGUAAUAGCAGAGAUUUCUACAACUGCACAUCACAAAAUUCGAGCUGCACACUCACAGAUCUGGACUGCGGAGAAAGUCUGAGCGUUUGGCUUAUUGCCACUGACGGUGAAUGUACGACUGACCCUGUGUUGGGUGAAGUGGCAGAGACAGUUCCCUGCAUCCCUCAGAACGUGUCCGCGGGGGAGAAAUGUAGUUCAAACUCUGCCACUCUCUCAUGGCUUGGAAGCAACGGUGCCAUCUUCUACUAUGGAACGGCAAAACAUGCAGACGGCACAGUUUACAGCUGCACUGCCUUGAAGACGGAGUGCAUAUUUGACAGCCUGAAAUGUGGCGAGACCUACGAUGCUUACGUUGUAGCAACAAACCUGGUGUGCAACAGCUCUGAUAGUCAACAUGUCACCUUAAAGACAGCCCCAUGUGCUCCUGCUGGUGUGGGGCUCACUACAGACUAUGCAUCGAAUUAUACAACAGUAAGCUGGCAGACUCUUCAGUCGGGAGGACUGUACACAGCAAUACUACAGGAUGAAUAUGGAUCGUCAAUGACCUGCAGCACCAGCUUUAACAACUGCACAUUAGCAAAGCUGCUCUGCGGAGUCAAAUACAACCUCUCAGUUACAAUGAACGAUGGUCACUGCAAGAGUCUGCCAUCCACAGCAAUUCAGAUACAUCCAGCACCAUGUUCCAACACUGGCAUUCAAGCCAGGCUUGACUGUGGCACCAACUCAGCACUUGUUUCUUGGACACCAGGCAACGGUGCACUCAGUUUCAAUGUAACACUGCAGUCUUUCCAGGAUAGCCAAUUGCACAGCUGCCUCACCAAUGGCUCUUCAUGCAACAUCAGCUCACUGCAGUGUGGUCAACGCUACAGCAUCAGUGUUACAGGAAAUGGCCAGGCCGGGACAUCCGUUUCCACACCAAUGGCCACUGUAGACACAGCUCCAUGUGCACCCACUCAAGUUAAUGUGUCUCUAGCCCAUGGAUCUGACACAGCAUCUGUUUCCUGGGCAGCAUCCAGUGGCUUCGUUUCCUACUACGUAGUAACAGCAGAAUAUGAUAAUGGACGUGCGUUAACCUGCAACUCCAGCAGCACUUCCUGUAACAUCAGUGGUCUGGCAUGUAGUGAGGCGUACAAUGUGUCGGUCACAGCUAUGAGUGCGAACUGCACUGGGCAACGUAGUGAAGUGCGCCACAUUAACACUGCACUUUGUGCACCACAAAAUGUGUCGGCCAAUGUGAGCUGUAGCAGCAACAUAGCAACGGUAACCUGGGGGAGGAGCCGCAAGGCGGCCAUUUACUCUGUGACAGCCAGUAGUGCCAGUGGUCUCUCCAUUAACUGCACUUCAGCCUCCACUUCCUGUGACCUGUUGGCUCUGACAUGUGGAGAGUCCUACACCAUCACAGUGAAGGCCGGAGGAAGCAACUGCAGCAGUGUGCAGAGUACUCCUGUUCAGAUCCAGACAGCCCCAUGCCCUCCACUGAAUAUCCACUCUACAAUGAACUUUGACAACAAAACAGCGAGUGUGUCCUGGUCUCCUGGCAAUGGAGCACUGUCCUUUAUAAUGACAAUGCAAUGCUUUCCUGGACAGACGUAUACAUGCAUGACCAGUCAAAUGACAUGUGACAUCACUAACAUGACAUGUGGGCAAGCGUGCCCAGUUCAGGUGGUGGCAGUUGGACAGUCGUGCAACAGCUCUGUGCAAACUGGACCACCAAUCGCAACAGCACCAUGUGUCAACACUGACAUUCAGGCCACGCUUGACUGUGGCACCAACUCAGCACUUGUUUCUUGGACACCAGGCAACGGUGCACUCAGUGUCAAUGUAACACUGCAGUCUUUCCAGGAUAGCCAAUUGCACAGCUGCCUCACCAAUGGCUCUUCAUGCAACAUCAGCUCACUGCAGUGUGGUCAACGCUACAGCAUCAGUGUUACAGGAAAUGGCCAGGCCGGGACAUCCGUUUCCACACCCAUGGCCACUGUAGACACAGCUCCAUGUGCACCCACUCAAGUCAAUGUGUCUCUAGCCCAUGGAUCCGACACAGCAUCUGUUUCCUGGGCAGCAUCCAGUGGCUUCGUUUCCUACUACGUAGUAACAGCAGAAUAUGAUAAUGGACGUGCGUUAACCUGCAACUCCAGCAGCACUUCCUGUAACAUCAGUGGUCUGGCAUGUAGUGAGGCGUACAAUGUGUCGGUCACAGCUAUGAGUGCGAACUGCACUGGGCAGCGUAGUGAAGUGCGCCACAUUAACACUGCACUUUGUGCACCACAAAAUGUGUCGGCCAAUGUGAGCUGUAGCAGCAACAUAGCAACGGUAACCUGGGGGAGGAGCCGCAAGGCGGCCAUUUACUCUGUGACAGCCAGUAGUGCCAGUGGUCUCUCCAUUAACUGCACUUCAGCCUCCACUUCCUGUGACCUGUUGGCUCUGACAUGUGGAGAGUCCUACACCAUCACAGUGAAGGCCGGAGGAAGCAACUGCAGCAGUGUGCAGAGUACUCCUGUUCAGAUCCAGACAGCCCCAUGCCCUCCACUGAAUAUCCACUCUACAAUGAACUUUGACAACAAAACAGCGAGUGUGUCCUGGUCUCCUGGCAAUGGAGCACUGUCCUUUAUAAUGACAAUGCAAUGCUUUCCUGGACAGACGUAUACAUGCAUGACCAGUCAAAUGACAUGUGACAUCACUAACAUGACAUGUGGGCAAGCGUGCCCAGUUCAGGUGGUGGCAGUUGGACAGUCGUGCAACAGCUCUGUGCAAACUGGACCACCAAUCGCAACAGCACCAUGUGUCAACACUGACAUUCAGGCCACGCUUGACUGUGGCACCAACUCAGCACUUGUUUCUUGGACACCAGGCAACGGUGCACUCAGUGUCAAUGUAACACUGCAGUCUUUCCAGGAUAGCCAAUUGCACAGCUGCCUCACCAAUGGCUCUUCAUGCAACAUCAGCUCACUGCAGUGUGGUCAACGCUACAGCAUCAGUGUUACAGGAAAUGGCCAGGCCGGGACAUCCGUUUCCACACCCAUGGCCACUGUAGACACAGCUCCAUGUGCACCCACUCAAGUCAAUGUGUCUCUAGCCCAUGGAUCCGACACAGCAUCUGUUUCCUGGGCAGCAUCCAGUGGCUUCGUUUCCUACUACGUAGUAACAGCAGAAUAUGAUAAUGGACGUGCGUUAACCUGCAACUCCAGCAGCACUUCCUGUAACAUCAGUGGUCUGGCAUGUAGUGAGGCGUACAAUGUGUCGGUCACAGCUAUGAGUGCGAACUGCACUGGGCAGCGUAGUGAAGUGCGCCACAUUAACACUGCACUUUGUGCACCACAAAAUGUGUCGGCCAAUGUGAGCUGUAGCAGCAACAUAGCAACGGUAACCUGGGGGAGGAGCCGCAAGGCGGCCAUUUACUCUGUGACAGCCAGUAGUGCCAGUGGUCUCUCCAUUAACUGCACUUCAGCCUCCACUUCCUGUGACCUGUUGGCUCUGACAUGUGGAGAGUCCUACACCAUCACAGUGAAGGCCGGAGGCAGCAACUGCAGCAGUGUGCAGAGUACUCCUGUUCAGAUCCAGACAGCCCCAUGCCCUCCACUGAAUAUCCACUCCACAAUGAACUUUGACAACAAAACAGCGAGUGUGUCCUGGUCUCCUGGCAAUGGAGCACUGUCCUUUAUAAUGACAAUGCAAUGCUUUCCUGGACAGACGUAUACAUGCAUGACCAGUCAAAUGACAUGUGACAUCACUAACAUGACAUGUGGGCAAGCGUGCCCAGUUCAGGUGGUGGCAGUUGGACAGUCGUGCAACAGCUCUGUGCAAACUGGACCACCAAUCGCAACAGCACCAUGUCUCAACACUGACAUUCAGGCCACGCUUGACUGUGGCACCAACUCAGCACUUGUUUCUUGGACACCAGGCAACGGUGCACUCAGUGUCAAUGUAACACUGCAGUCUUUCCAGGAUAGCCAAUUGCACAGCUGCCUCACCAAUGGCUCUUCAUGCAACAUCAGCUCACUGCAGUGUGGUCAACGCUACAGCAUCAGUGUUACAGGAAAUGGCCAGGCCGGGACAUCCGUUUCCACACCCAUGGCCACUGUAGACACAGCUCCAUGUGCACCCACUCAAGUCAAUGUGUCUCUAGCCCAUGGAUCUGACAUAGCAUCUGUUUCCUGGGCAGCAUCCAGUGGCUUCGUUUCCUACUACGUAGUAACAGCAGAAUACGAUAAUGGACGUGCGUUAACCUGCAACUCCAGCAGCACUUCCUGUAACAUCAGUGGUCUGGCAUGUAGUGAGGCGUACAAUGUGUCGAUCACAGCUAUGAGUGCAAACUGCACUGGGCAACGUAGUGAAGUGCGCCACAUUAACACUGUACUUUGUGCACCACAAAAUGUGUCGGCCAAUGUGAGCUUUAGCAGCAACAUAGCAACGGUAACCUGGGGGAGGAGCCGCAAGGCGGCCAUUUACUCUGUGACAGCCAGUAGUGCCAGUGGUCUCUCCAUUAACUGCACUUCAGCCUCCACUUCCUGUGACCUGUUGGCUCUGACAUGUGGAGAGUCCUACACCAUCACAGUGAAGGCCGGAGGAAGCAACUGCAGCAGUGUGCAGAGUACUCCUGUUCAGAUCCAGACAGCUCCAUGCCCUCCACUGAAUAUCCACUCCACAAUGAACUUUGACAACAAAACAGCGAGUGUGUCCUGGUCUCCUGGCAAUGGAGCACUGUUCUUUAUAAUGACAAUGCAAUGCUUUCCUGGACAGACGUAUACAUGCAUGACCAGUCAAAUGACAUGUGACAUCACUAACAUGACAUGUGGGCAAGCGUGCCCAGUUCAGGUGGUGGCAGUUGGACAGUCGUGCAACAGCUCUGUGCAAACUGGACCACCAAUCGCAACAGCACCAUGUCUCAACACUGACAUUCAGGCCACGCUUGACUGUGGCACCAACUCAGCACUUGUUUCUUGGACACCAGGCAACGGUGCACUCAGUGUCAAUGUAACACUGCAGUCUUUCCAGGAUAGCCAAUUGCACAGCUGCCUCACCAAUGGCUCUUCAUGCAACAUCAGCUCACUGCAGUGUGGUCAACGCUACAGCAUCAGUGUUACAGGAAAUGGCCAGGCCGGGACAUCCGUUUCCACACCCAUGGCCACUGUAGACACAGCUCCAUGUGCACCCACUCAAGUCAAUGUGUCUCUAGCCCAUGGAUCUGACACAGCAUCUGUUUCCUGGGCAGCAUCCAGUGGCUUUGUUUCCUACUAUGUAGUCACAGCAGAAUAUGAUAAUGGACGUGCGUUAACCUGCAACUCCAGCAGCACUUCCUGUAACAUCAGUGGUCUGGCAUGUAGUGAGGCGUACAAUGUGUCGAUUACAGCUAUGAGUGCGAACUGCACUGGGCAACGUAGUGAAGUGCGCCACAUUAACACUGCACUUUGUGCACCACAAAAUGUGUCAGCCAAUGUGAGCUGUAUGAGCAACAUAGCAACGGUAACCUGGGGGAGGAGCCGCAAGGCAGCCAUUUACUCUGUGACAGCCAGUAGUGCCAGUGGUCUCUCCAUUAACUGCACUUCAGCCUCCACUUCCUGUGACCUGUUGGCUCUGACAUGUGGAGAAUCCUACACCAUCACAGUGAAGGCCGGAGGCAGCAACUGCAGCAGUGUGCAGAGUACUCCUGUUCAGAUCCAGACAGCUCCAUGCCCUCCACUGAAUAUCCACUCCACAAUGAACUUUGACAACAAAACAGCGAGUGUGUCCUGGUCUCCUGGAAAUGGAGCACUGUUCUUUAUAAUGACAAUGCAAUGCUUUCCUGGACAGACGUAUACAUGCAUGACCAGUCAAAUGACAUGUGACAUCACUAACAUGACAUGUGGGCAAGCGUGCCCAGUUCAGGUGGUGGCAGUUGGACAGUCGUGCAACAGCUCUGUGCAAACUGGACCACCAAUCGCAACAGCACCAUGUCUCAACACUGACAUUCAGGCCACGCUUGACUGUGGCACCAACUCAGCACUUGUUUCUUGGACACCAGGCAACGGUGCACUUAGUGUCAAUGUAACACUGCAGUCUUUCCAGGAUAGCCAAUUGCAUAGCUGCUUCACCUAUGGCUCUUCAUGCAACAUCAGCUCACUGCAGUGUGGUCAACGCUACAGCAUCAGUGUUACAGGAAAUGGCCAGGCCGGGACAUCCGUUUCCACACCCAUGGCCACUGUAGACACAGCUCCAUGUGCACCCACUCAAGUCAAUGUGUCUCUAGCCCAUGGAUCUGACACAGCAUCUGUUUCCUGGGCAGCAUCCAGUGGCUUUGUUUCCUACUACGUAGUAACAGCAGAAUAUGAAAAUGGACGUGCGUUAACCUGCAACUCCAGCAGCACUUCCUGUAACAUCAGUGGUCUGGCAUGUAGUGAGGCGUACAAUGUGUCGGUCACAGCUAUGAGUGUGAACUGCACUGGGCAACGUAGUGAAGUGCGCCACAUUAACACUGCACUUUGUGCACCACAAAAUGUGUCAGUCAAUGUGAGCUGUAGCAGCAACAUAGCAACGGUAACCUGGGGGAGGAGCCGCAAGGCGACCAUUUACUCUGUGACAGCCAGUAGUGCCAGUGGUCUCUCGGUUAACUGCACUUCAGCCUCCACUUCCUGUGACCUGUUGGCUCUGACAUGUGGAGAAUCCUACACCAUCACAGUGAAGGCCGGAGGAAGCAACUGCAGCAGUGCGCAGAGUACUCCUGUUCAGAUCCAGACAGCCCCAUGCCCUCUACUGAAUAUCCACUCCACAAUGAACUUUGACAACAAAACAGCGAGUGUGUCCUGGUCUCCUGGCAAUGGAGCACUGUCCUUUAUAAUGACAAUGCAAUGCUUUCCUGGACAGACGUAUACAUGCAUGACCAGUCAAAUGACAUGUGACAUCACUAACAUGACAUGUGGGCAAGCGUGCCCAGUUCAGGUGGUGGCAGUUGGACAGUCGUGCAACAGCUCUGUGCAAACUGGACCACCAAUCGCAACAGCACCAUGUCUCAACACUGACAUUCAGGCCACGCUUGACUGUGGCACCAACUCAGCACUUGUUUCUUGGACACCAGGCAACGGUGCACUCAGUGUCAAUGUAACACUGCAGUCUUUCCAGGAUAGCCAAUUGCACAGCUGCCUCACCAAUGGCUCUUCAUGCAACAUCAGCUCACUGCAGUGUGGUCAACGCUACAGCAUCAGUGUUACAGGAAAUGGCCAGGCCGGGACAUCUGUUUCCACACCCAUGGCCACUGUAGACACAGCUCCAUGUGCACCCACUCAAGUCAAUGUGUCUCUAGCCCAUGGAUCUGACACAGCAUCUGUUUCCUGGGCAGCAUCCAGUGGCUUUGUUUCCUACUACGUAGUAACAGCAGAAUAUGAUAAUGGACGUGCGUUAACCUGCAACUCCAGCAGCACUUCCUGUAACAUCAGUGGUCUGGCAUGUAGUGAGGCGUACAAUGUGUCGAUCACAGCUAUGAGUGCAAACUGCACUGGGCAACGUAGUGAAGUGCGCCACAUUAACACUGCACUUUGUGCACCACAAAAUGUGUCGGCCAAUGUGAGCUGUAGCAGCAACAUAGCAACGUUAACCUGGGGGAGGAGCCGCAAGGCGGCCAUUUACUCUGUGACAGCCAGUAGUGCCAGUGGUCUCUCCAUUAACUGCACUUCAGCCUCCACUUCCUGUGACCUGUUGGCUCUGACAUGUGGAGAGUCCUACACCAUCACAGUGAAGGCCGGAGGCAGCAACUGCAGCAGUGCGCAGAGUACUCCUGUUCAGAUCCAGACAGCCCCAUGCCCUCCACUGAAUAUCCACUCCACAAUGAACUUUGACAACAAAACAGCGAGUGUGUCCUGGUCUCCUGGCAAUGGAGCACUGUCCUUUAUAAUGACAAUGCAAUGCUUUCCUGGACAGACGUAUACAUGCAUGACCAGUCAAAUGACAUGUGACAUCACUAACAUGACAUGUGGGCAAGCGUGCCCAGUUCAGGUGGUGGCAGUUGGACAGUCGUGCAACAGCUCUGUGCAAACUGGACCACCAAUCGCAACAGCACCAUGUCUCAACACUGACAUUCAGGCCACGCUUGACUGUGGCACCAACUCAGCACUUGUUUCUUGGACACCAGGCAACGGUGCACUCAGUGUCAAUGUAACACUGCAGUCUUUCCAGGAUAGCCAAUUGCACAGCUGCCUCACCAAUGGCUCUUCAUGCAACAUCAGCUCACUGCAGUGUGGUCAACGCUACAGCAUCAGUGUUACAGGAAAUGGCCAGGCCGGGACAUCUGUUUCCACACCCAUGGCCACUGUAGACACAGCUCCAUGUGCACCCACUCAAGUCAAUGUGUCACUAGCCAAUGGAUCCGACACAGCAUCUGUUUCCUGGGCAGCAUCCAGUGGCUUCGUUUCCUACUACGUAGUAACAGCAGAAUAUGACAAUGAACGUGCAUUAAGCUGCAACUCCAGCAGCACUUCCUGUAACAUCAGUGGUCUGGCAUGUAGUGAGGCGUACAAUGUGUCGGUCACAGCUAUGAGUGCGAACUGCACUGGGCAACGUAGUGAAGUGCGCCACAUUAACACUGCACUUUGUGCACCACAAAAUGUGUCGGCCAAUGUGAGCUGUAGCAGCAGCAUAGCAACGGUAACCUGGGGGAGGAGCCGCAAGGCGACCAUUUACUCUGUGACAGCCAGUAGUGCCAGUGGUCUCUCCAUUAACUGCACUUCAGCCUCCACUUCCUGUGACCUGUUGGCUCUGACAUGUGGAGAGUCCUACACCAUCACAGUGAAGGCCGGAAGCAGCAACUGCAGCAGUGAGCAGAGUACUCCUGUUCAGAUCCAGACAGCUCCAUGCCCUCCACUGAAUAUCCACUCCACAAUGAACUUUGACAACAAAACAGCGAGUGUGUCCUGGUCUCCUGGCAAUGGAGCACUGUCCUUUAUAAUGACAAUGCAAUGCUUUCCUGGACAGACGUAUACAUGCAUGACCAGUCAAAUGACAUGUGACAUCACUAACAUGACAUGUGGGCAAGCGUGCCCAGUUCAGGUGGUGGCAGUUGGACAGUCGUGCAACAGCUCUGUGCAAACUGGACCACCAAUCGCAACAGCACCAUGUCUCAACACUGACAUUCAGGCCACGCUUGACUGUGGCACCAACUCAGCACUUGUUUCUUGGACACCAGGCAACGGUGCACUCAGUGUCAAUGUAACACUGCAGUCUUUCCAGGAUAGCCAAUUGCACAGCUGCCUCACCAAUGGCUCUUCAUGCAACAUCAGCUCACUGCAGUGUGGUCAACGCUACAGCAUCAGUGUUACAGGAAAUGGCCAGGCCGGUUCAUCCGUUUCCACACCCAUGGCCACUGUAGACACAGCUCCAUGUGCACCCACUCAAGUCAAUGUGUCUCUAGCCCAUGGAUCUGACAUAGCGUCUGUUUCCUGGGCAGCAUCCAGUGGCUUCGUUUCCUACUACGUUGUAACAGCAGAAUAUGAUAAUGGACGUGCGUUAACCUGCAACUCCAGCAGCACUUCCUGUAACAUCAGUGGUCUGGCAUGUAGUGAGGCGUACAAUGUGUCGAUCACAGCUAUGAGUGCGAACUGCACUGGGCAACGUAGUGAAGUGCGCCACAUUAACACUGCACUUUGUGCACCACAAAUUGUGUCGGCCAAUGUGAGCUGUAGCAGCAACAUAGCAACGGUAACCUGGGGGAGGAGCCGCAAGGCGGCCAUUUACUCUGUGACAGCCAGUAGUGCCAGUGGUUUCUCCAUUAACUGCACUUCAGCCUCCACUUCCUGUGACCUGUUGGCUCUGACAUGUGGAGAAUCCUACACCAUCACAGUGAAGGCCGGAGGCAGCAACUGCAGCAGUGCGCAGAGUACUCCUGUUCAGAUCCAGACAGCCCCAUGCCCUCCACUGAAUAUCCACUCCACAAUGAACUUUGACAACAAAACAGCUAGUGUGUCCUGGUCUCCUGGCAAUGGAGCACUGUUCUUUAUAAUGACAAUGCAAUGCUUUCCUGGACAGACGUAUACAUGCAUGACCAGUCAAAUGACAUGUGACAUCACUAACAUGACAUGUGGGCAAGCGUGCCCAGUUCAGGUGGUGGCAGUUGGACAGUCGUGCAACAGCUCUGUGCAAACUGGACCACCAAUCGCAACAGCACCAUGUCUCAACACUGACAUUCAGGCCACGCUUGACUGUGGCACCAACUCAGCACUUGUUUCUUGGACACCAGGCAACGGUGCACUUAGUGUCAAUGUAACACUGCAGUCUUUCCAGGAUAGCCAAUUGCACAGCUGCUUCACCUAUGGCUCUUCAUGCAACAUCAGCUCACUGCAGUGUGGUCAACGCUACAGCAUCAGUGUUACAGGAAAUGGCCAGGCCGGGACAUCCGUUUCCACACCCAUGGCCACUGUAGACACAGCUCCAUGUGCACCCACUCAAGUCAAUGUGUCUCUAGCCCAUGGAUCUGACACAGCAUCUGUUUCCUGGGCAGCAUCCAGUGGCUUUGUUUCCUACUACGUAGUAACAGCAGAAUAUGAUAAUGGACGUGCGUUAACCUGCAACUCCAGCAGCACUUCCUGUAACAUCAGUGGUCUGGCAUGUAGUGAGGCGUACAAUGUGUCGAUCACAGCUAUGAGUGCGAACUGCACUGGGCAACGUAGUGAAGUGCGCCACAUUAACACUGCCCUUUGUGCACCAAAAAAUGUGUCAGCCAAUGUGAGCUGUAGCAGCAACAUAGCAACGGUAACCUGGGGGAGGAGCCGCAAGGCGGACAUUUACUCUGUGACAGCCAGUAGUGCCAAUGGUCUCUCGGUUAACUGCACUUCAGCCUCCACUUCCUGUGACCUUAUGUCUCUGACAUGUGGAGAAUCCUACACCAUCACAGUGAAGGCCGGAGGCAGCAACUGCAGCAGUACGCAGAGUACUCCUGUUCAGAUCCAGACAGCGCCUUGCACUCCAAGGAAUGUCCUGGCCGUUGUGGACUGUUUCACAAAUGCUUUAGCAGUUUCUUGGACUCCUAGUGUAGGAGGACAGUAUUACACAGCCACUUUGCAAGACAGCAAUGGACUCUCCACCUCCUGCCAGUCCACAGGCUCACAGUGUAAUAUUACAGGGCUCAGAUGUGGGCAGCUGUACUCCAUCAAUGUGACAGCAUCAGAUAAUCUGUGCAGCAGCGUUCCAAGUGCUACUGUAAACACUAACUCAGUUCCCUGCACAGCCUCCUCCAUCAGCGCAGUGCUGGAUUGUCAGCUGAAUACAGCCAUUGUGUCAUGGCAGUAUGGCGAAGGAGCUCAAGGGUAUGCCGUCUCUGCCUUGUCCCUGCUGGGCAACAGGACCGGCUGUAUGUCCAACAGCUCCAGUACAUACUGUGAGCUGAACAACCUACAGUGCGGCACUCAGUAUACAGUGACUGUUCAGACUUUGGGAAACACGUGCAAUGCCAGCGCGCAGAUGAACAGCUCCCUGAUUAUAGGUACAUGUGUUCCUCAACAUCUGACGGUGCAGUACAGUCCAUCCAACACUCGGAUCUCCUGGGAUGCCUCUAACGGUGCUGCCGGCUUCACCGCAGUGGCUGUGACUCCUGAAGGACUGAGAGUAAACUGUGAGACCAACACCAGUUGUAUCCUCCCAGUCCUGAACUGUGGCCACAUCUACAACUUCAGCGUGACGGCUCACAAUGGUGUCUGCAACAGCACUGCCAUCACUGAUCCUAUCAAGACAGAGCCCUGUCCUCCUCAGAAUGUCAAAGCUAGUAUAAACUGCACUGCUCUCAGCGCAACAGUUUCCUGGGAUCCCAGCCAGUUUGCACUGGGAUACGUUGCAUUCCUGGACAGUGGAAAUGGUCGUUCAACUUCCUGUCAGACUAAUCAAACACAGUGCAGUUUAGCUAAUCUCACCUGUGGAACGCUGUAUAACGUCAGAGUCCUCGCAAUCGGAGAAGUGUUCAACAGCUCUGACAGCAUAGGAUUCAACAUCACAUCAGCCCCAUGCCCUCCACUGAAUAUCCACUCCACAAUGAACUUUGACAACAAAACAGCGAGUGUGUCCUGGUCUCCUGGCAAUGGAGCACUGUCCUUUAUAAUGACAAUGCAAUGCUUUCCUGGACAGACGUAUACAUGCAUGACCAGUCAAAUGACAUGUGACAUCACUAACAUGACAUGUGGGCAAGCGUGCCCAGUUCAGGUGGUGGCAGUUGGACAGUCGUGCAACAGCUCUGUGCAAACUGGACCACCAAUCGCAACAGCACCAUGUCUCAACACUGACAUUCAGGCCACGCUUGACUGUGGCACCAACUCAGCACUUGUUUCUUGGACACCAGGCAACGGUGCACUCAGUUUCAAUGUAACACUGCAGUCUUUCCAGGAUAGCCAAUUGCACAGCUGCCUCACCAAUGGCUCUUCAUGCAACAUCAGCUCACUGCAGUGUGGUCAACGCUACAGCAUCAGUGUUACAGGAAAUGGCCAGGCCGGGACAUCCGUUUCCACACCCAUGGCCACUGUAGACACAGCUCCAUGUGCACCCACUCAAGUCAAUGUGUCUCUAGCCCAUGGAUCUGACACAGCAUCUGUUUCCUGGGCAGCAUCCAGUGGCUUUGUUUCCUACUACGUAGUAACAGCAGAAUAUGAUAAUGGACGUGCGUUAACCUGCAACUCCAGCAGCACUUCCUGUAACAUCAGUGGUCUGGCAUGUAGUGAGGCGUACAAUGUGUCGAUCACAGCUAUGAGUGCGAACUGCACUGGGCAGCGUAGUGAAGUGCGCCACAUUAACACUGCACUUUGUGCACCACAAAAUGUGUCGGCCAAUGUGAGCUGUAGCAGCAACAUAGCAACGGUAACCUGGGGGAGGAGCCGGAGGGCAGACAAUUACUCUGUGACAGCCAGUAGUGCCAGUGGUCUCUCCAUUAACUGCACUUCAGCCUCCACUUCCUGUGACCUGUUGGCUCUGACAUGUGGAGAGUCCUACACCAUCACAGUGAAGGCCGGAGGCAGCAACUGCAGCAGUGUGCAGAGUACUCCUGUUCAGAUCCAGACAGCCCCAUGCCCUCCACUGAAUAUCCACUCCACAAUGAACUUUGACAACAAAACAGCGAGUGUGUCCUGGUCUCCUGGCAAUGGAGCACUGUCCUUUAUAAUGACAAUGCAAUGCUUUCCUGGACAGACGUAUACAUGCAUGACCAGUCAAAUGACAUGUGACAUCACUAACAUGACAUGUGGGCAAGCGUGCCCAGUUCAGGUGGUGGCAGUUGGACAGUCGUGCAACAGCUCUGUGCAAACUGGACCACCAAUCGCAACAGCACCAUGUCUCAACACUGACAUUCAGGCCACGCUUGACUGUGGCACCAACUCAGCACUUGUUUCUUGGACACCAGGCAACGGUGCACUUAGUGUCAAUGUAACACUGCAGUCUUUCCAGGAUAGCCAAUUGCACAGCUGCCUCACCAAUGGCUCUUCAUGCAACAUCAGCUCACUGCAGUGUGGUCAACGCUACAGCAUCAGUGUUACAGGAAAUGGCCAGGCCGGGACAUCCGUUUCCACACCCUCGGCCACUGUAGACACAGCUCCAUGUGCACCCACUCAAGUCAAUGUGUCUCUAGCCCAUGGAUCUGACACAGCAUCUGUUUCCUGGGCAGCAUCCAGUGGCUUUGUUUCCUACUACGUAGUAACAGCAGAAUAUGAUAAUGGACGUGCGUUAACCUGCAACUCCAGCAGCACUUCCUGUAACAUCAGUGGUCUGGCAUGUAGUGAGGCGUACAAUGUGUCGAUCACAGCUAUGAGUGCGAACUGCACUGGGCAACGUAGUGAAGUGCGUCACAUUAACACUGCACUUUGUGCACCACAAAAUGUGUCGGCCAAUGUGAGCUGUAGCAGCAACAUAGCAACAGUAACCUGGGGGAGGAGCCGCAAGGCGGAUAUUUACUCUGUGAAAGCCAGUAGUGCCAAUGGUCUCUCGGUUAACUGCACUUCAGCCUCCACUUCCUGUGACCUUAUGGCUCUGACAUGUGGAGAGUCCUACACCAUCACAGCGAAGGCCGGAGGCAGCAACUGCAGCAGUACGCAGAGUACUCCUGUUCAGAUCCAGACAGCGCCCUGCACUCCAAGGAAUGUCCUGGCCGUUGUGGACUGUUUCACAAAUGUUUUAGCAGUUUCUUGGACUCCUAGUGUAGGAGGACAGUAUUACACAGCCACUUUGCAAGACAGCAAUGGACUCUCCACCUCCUGCCAGUCCACAGGCUCACAGUGUAAUAUUACAGGGCUCAGAUGUGGGCAGCUGUACUCCAUUAAUGUGACAGCAUCAGAUAAUCUGUGCAGCAGCGUUCCAAGUGCUACUGUAAACACUAACUCAGUUCCCUGCACAGCCUCCUCCAUCAGCGCAGUGCUGGAUUGUCAGCUGAAUACAGCCAUUGUGUCAUGGCAGUAUGGCGAAGGAGCUCAAGGGUAUGUCGUCUCUGCCUUGUCCCUGCUGGGCAACAGGACUGGCUGUAUGUCCAACAGCUCCAGUACAUACUGUGAGCUGAACAACCUACAGUGCGGCACUCAGUAUACGGUGACUGUUCAGACUUUGGGAAACACGUGCAAUGCCAGCGCACAGAUGAACAGCUCCUUGAUUAUAGGUACAUGUGUUCCUCAACAUCUGACGGUGCAGUACAGUCCAUCCAACACUCGGAUCUCCUGGGAUGCCUCUAACGGUGCUGCCGGCUUCACCGCAGUGGCUGUGACUCCUGAAGGAUUGAGAGUAAACUGUGAGACCAACACCAGUUGUAUCCUCCCAGUUCUGAACUGUGGCCACAUCUACAACUUCAGCGUGACGGCUCACAAUGGUGUCUGCAACAGCACUGCCAUCACUGAUCCUAUCAAGACAGAGCCCUGUCCUCCUCAGAAUGUCAAAGCUAGUAUAAACUGCACUGCUCUCAGCGCAACAGUUUCCUGGGAUCCCAGCCAGUUUGCACUGGGAUACGUUGCAUUCCUGGACAGUGGAAAUGGUCGUUCAACUUCCUGUCAGACCAAUCAAACACAGUGCAGUCUAGACAAUCUCACCUGUGGAACGCUGUAUAACGUCAGAGUCCUCGCAAUCGGAGAAGUGUUCAACAGCUCUGACAGCAUAGGAUUCAACAUCACAUCAGCUCCCUGUGCGUCCACCAGUGUGUCUGCUGUGGUGGAUUGUGCUACAGAUUCAGUUCUAGUGUCCUGGAGCUUCGUUGAUGGCGCUGUGAAUUACUCUGUGAUGGCUUGGGGUUCAGGAGGUCAAAUGGUUUCCUGCUCAACCAAUCAGAACUACUGUAACAUCUUGUCCCUGCAGUGCGGGCAGCGUUUCAAUCUCACCUUAACCUCCAUCAACCAGCAGUGCCAAACCACCACCAACACCAACGUCAUCUUCCAGUCCAGCCCCUGCACUCCUGUUCAUCUUCAAACAUAUGCGGAGUGUAAUAACCGGGUGGGCUCCGUCAGCUGGGGCUCAAGUGAAGGGGCAAUCAUGUACAAAGCCACUGCAGUUGGUAGAGACAGACACCAACACCUGUGCACUACUACAGAUACGAGCUGCACCUGGACAGACCUGCACUGUGGUCUAAUCUAUACCAUCACAGUCACUGCCAAUAACAAUCAGUGCACGAGUGCAAGCAGCACCAGCACCAUCAUACACAUGGCUCCAUGUGUUCCUCAGAUGAUGGCAACUCUGGACUGCACGUUAAACUUCGUAACUGUGUUGUGGACAGUCAGCCGAGGGGCUACUUCUUAUCUGGUGGUAGCUUCAGGACCUGAGGGUCCAGUGACGGCCUGUAAUACAGCCAACCAACAGUGCGUGCUGCAAACACUGCUCUGCAGCUCCUCGUAUGAUAUCAGUGUCAUUGCAGUAAACCAGCAAUGCAAUUCGUCAGGAAGUUCCAUCUCACAGAUAAACACUGUGCCGUGUGUACCUGGUCAUGUGCAGGGCAGUGUAAACUGUACGACUGGAGCUGUAUCUUUAUCCUGGAAUCAAAGCAAGAUGGCAGUUUCCUACUCUGCGGUCGCUCAGAGUAGCGGUGGCUACACUUCAGUGUGUAACAGCAUAGGAACAGCUUGCGUUUUCUCAGAUCUGCUCUGUGGGAUGAACUACAGUCUAGCUGUCACUGCAUCUGACGGCACCUGCAGGACUGCACCAAGUCAACCAAUUUUGCUGACCACAGUGUCCUGCAAGCCACAGAAUGUCAGCACUCAGAUCACCUGCGACACAAACUCAGCUAUUGUAACUUGGGAGCUCAGCGAUCACGUCACACAUCAUACUGUUCAAGCUGUUGGUACUGAUGGACAUCACGUCAACUGCAGCAGCUCUAACAACACCUGCACAUUACCUGCAUUACACUGUGGCCAGAGCUAUAACGUUACCGUUUCUGCCCUGGAUGGAAUAUGCGACAACAGCAACACGCUCCUCAGCCUGCAGUCAGCUCCAUGUGCACCUAGCAAUGUUCAGACGUCUUUGCUUUGCAACAUGCGCAAUGGAGGGGUUUUGUCUGUGUCAUGGGUUCAAGCAACUGGGGCAGUCUCGUACAUGGCUGUGGCCGUGUCUAGUGAUGGUCAUUCCUACUCUUGUAACAGCACCACCACCUCGUGCAAUCUGCAGGAACUGCAGUGUGGACAGAUUUAUAGCGUUUCUGUCUUCUCACUGGCCAAUGGUUGUGGAGGUGUGAUGAGCACAGUCUCUCAAGUACAGACAGCUCCAUGCGCCCCUCAAAAUGUGCAAGCCAAUGUGCAGUGUGAUACAGGGUCUGUGUUAGUGAGCUGGAGCCCAUCAGUGGAUAGCAGCCAGUUUGUUGUGGAACUGGUGUCCCAGAGCACGGGUGUGAUCUCCUUCUGUAACAGCACAAACACGCAAUGCUCCAUUACCAAUCUAACCUGUGGACAGAUCUUCAACCUCAGUGUGGUGGCAGUGAGAGGCAGCUGUCAGAGUCAGCCAAGUAGUGGCGUCAACAUCAACUCAGCUCCAUGUAUCCCACAGGGGGUGAACGGCACUGUGGACUGUGUCACUAAUUCUGCAUGGGUAUCAUGGGAUGUAGAUAAUAGCACAGAUACCUACACAGUGCUGGCUGUAGGGGAUAAUGGUCAAAAUUCUACCUGUAUCAGCUCAAACUCUGUGUGUCAUGUACCGGACCUGGGUUGUGGAAGAAGGUUCACCUUCCAGGUCACUGCCUCAAAUGGAGCCUGUGUGAGCCUACCCAGCAAGAGCUUUAAGUUGGAGACAGCACCCUGCGCUUUGUCAUCCAUCGUGGCGAUAGCUGAAUGCCAGAGUUCUGUUAUUAAGGUGCAGUGGCAGAGGGAGCAGAUGGGAGAUUCUCUCUACACUGUCACAGCAGAGGAUCAAGACCGUAACUUCCUUUCUUGCAACAGCUCCACUUCUUCCUGCAACCUUACCAAUGUGCAGUGCGGCAAGGAGUACACCAUCAUUGUGGAAGCUUCAGCUGAAAAAUGUAGCGGCCUUCGAAGCCCACCAUACAAGAUCAGAACAGUGCCCUGUCAACCCUCAACAAUUCAGACCCACACAGACUGUCAGUCGAAGGAUGUGUCUGUGUGGUGGGACAAAUCAUACGUUGCACAGUCAUACCUGCUUACUGCAGUCGGCAGAGAUGGAGACCUGAAGACGUGCAAUACCUCAGACAGCAACUGCACACUAACCAACCUGCACUGCAGUAAUACCUACUAUGUGUCUGUUACGGCCAGUAAUGAAAACUGCACCAGCCUGCCUAGUACAAAUGUCACCUUCCAAACAGUGCCAUGUCAGCCUUCCAACUUGACAGCAAAUAUAGAGUGCGAAAAUGGUAGUGCCUCCUUGUAUUGGGUGGGGAGUACAGGGGCAGUGGCCUACAUGGGACUUGGUCAGUCUGAAAACAGCACAACAAUCUACUGCGAAACCACACAAACAUUCUGUUCUUUAACGGGGUUAGUGUGCGGAGCUGUGUAUAACUUCACAGUGCUGUCAACGGAUGGCACCUGCAACAGUUCCUUGAGUGAUCCUCAAACCAUGGGAGCAGCCCCCUGUCCUCCAGCUCAAUUAAGUGUUGCCCCACGUACGGUAGUGAACGGCACUCAGAUCUUGAGAGCAUCCUGGUCAACUGUGAAUUGCUCCAAGUCUGAAUACCUGCUGGCACUGAAAGGCUGCAUUCAUGGCAACCACAACGCACAAUCUGACCUUACCUCCUAUUGGACAGUUCGUACAUUCUUUGAGAUCCCUCUUCCUUGUGGCUCCUCGUACAGCGCGACCAUCAGGGCGAGGAACUUUGCAGCCACAAGCGACGAGUCUGCUGCUGUCAAUGGAACAACAGUACCUUGUGCACCUGCAAAUGUCACAUUCACUGCUUCAUCAGCACAAGUGGCAUGGACGAAGUCUGUAUUUGCUACAAACUACACCGUUUAUGGGGUCACUUCUUCUAAUAGGACGACACUCUGCCUGACCACACAGCUUCUCUGCUCGGUCAGUAACUUCAGCAGUGGCAACAUUGUUGUAACUGCCAGCAACGCUGCCGGGGAGAGUGAAGACUCGGUGCCUGUUUUAAUUUCACCCAGUAGCAGAAGAAGAUGAGACCUGGCAUAGAGAAAGGCCUGCCCAACUCCUGAGUGAAUUUUCUCAUCCCAAUCAAGCCUUUGCCUUUUGAUAAAUUACAGCAGUUUCCUAAGAAUUUGUAAUGUUCUGUGUUGCUUCAUUUCUUUGGGUCAAGGUUAUUCUUCACAAUAUCUAUGGGUGGAAUAGAUUGACUGGGUAAAAAUAUAUAUUUCUUUUAAAAUGUAGUUCCAAAAUCUGUUAUAUUUGUGAUAAAUUAUGAACUCAUGGUCUUAUAAAUUAUGACAUGUAAAGCUCAUGUGGAAUAAAUUAAUGCUACACAAAA